AUGAGGUUCUCUCGGGCCCUUCUAGGCUUAUGGGCCAUAGCGGCGGCAGCUCAAACAGAGAAAAGCCCUCCGUCCCACCCACGGAGAUACCGGAGAGACGAUGUGCCUGAGCCCCAGCCCCAGCAGAGCGGGGAUGGUCUUGUGGGCAACGGUCACUACAUCGUCGAAUUUGAUGCUAAAACCGACGUUUCGGCCGCGGUCGAUGCCCUUGGCAAGGAAGACGGCAUUGAUGUCGUGAAGGUGUUUGACAAUGGCCUUUUCCGAGGCUGUACCAUCAAGGCACCGAAAAGCACGGUCGACUCGAUCCAAGACAAGGCUGUUGUUGCCAAAGCCUGGCAGUCCCGCCGGAUGACGUUUGGCGAGCCCCAGGUUCAGCGCCUGGGCGGCGAGCCGCAGCUUAGCAACUACUCCAUCCACGACAUGACAGGCGUCGAUAAGCUCCACAAAGCCAACAUCAAGGGCAAGGGCGCCAUAGUCGGCGUCAUUGAUACCGGGAUCAACUAUCGGCACAAGGCGCUCGGCGGAGGCUUCGGCAAAGGCUUCAAAGUCGUCGGUGGUCAUGAUUUCGUAGGCCAGACCGGCUGGCCAAAGCCAGGCGAGGUCAAGAUGCCAGACGAGGACCCCGACGACUUGGACGGCCACGGCACUCAUGUUGCGGGUAUCAUCGCAGGACAGAGCGAAUUCUUCACGGGUGUAGCGCCUGAAGCCUCUCUCUACGCGUACAAAGUCUUCACACCCGGCGAGAGCACCGACGACGAAACUCUGAUCGAGUCCAUGCUGAGAGCAUACGACGACGGUGUAGACAUCAUCAGCAUGUCGAUUGGUGGCAUGAACGGCUGGGCUGACAACCCCUGGGCUCUCGUGGCCAGCAGAAUCGUGGAGCAAGGCGUCCUGGUCAUUAUUGCAGCGGGAAACAAUGGCGGGCCGGGAGCUUUCGCCGCCGACAGUGGCAGCGCAGGCGUCAAUGUGGUAUCGGUCGCCUCCAUUGAGCCAGAUGUCAUCCCCUUGCUCAAUUUCAAAUCGACGUUGACACUGCCCGGGCGUGCGUCUGAGGACAGGUGGAUUCCCUACAGAUCUUUUUUUGACUGGUAUCCGGCGAAGGUCAAGGGCUGGCCCGUCUGGCCCGUCUCUCUCGAUGCCCUCGAGGACGAGGCGUGCGCACCCUUGCCGGCCGAUACGCCAGACCUGUCCGAGGUCGUUGUGCUUGUCCGGCGCGGCACCUGCACUUUUGCGGAAAAGCAGGCCUUUUUGAAGGAGCGCAACGCGACACACAUAAUUGUCUACAACAACGAGAGACCAUUGGUUCAGCCUGGAGUACAGGAAUCAGACCCCAACAUGGCCAUGAUACCUGCCGAAGACGGCAAAGCCGUUAUUGACGUUCUCAAGGCGGGUGGCAACGUUACGUUUGACUUUGACGUCCGUCCUGACCUGCACACCACGUCGAUAGCCAACCCCAACCGCCCGCGCCUUGCAAGCACCUUCACGAGUGUCGGGCCAGCCAACGACCUGUCUCUGAAAUCAGACAUCUCAGCACCAGGAGGCGACAUUCUGUCGACAUAUCUCGGCGACGGCUAUGCCAUCUUGGGCGGCACGUCCAUGGCAACGCCGUACAUUGCCGGCGUGGCGGCCCUGUACGUCGGCCAGUUUGGCGGCCGCGCCAACCACGACAAGAGCUGGGCCAAGAAGCUCGCCAUGCGCAUCAUUUCCUCGGGCGAGCCCAUCGCCUGGGACGACCCUUACACCACCGGCGCCGUCUUAGACGCCCUCGCCCCCGUUGCGCAGGUGGGCACCGGUCUCGUCAACGCCUCGAAGGUGCUGGGCCAGGACACGAGCCUGUCGUUCACCAGGUUUGCCCUCAACGACACGCGGCACUUCAGCCGCUACCAAAAGGUGGACAUCACCAACACCGGGACAAGGCCCGUCACGUACACGUUUUCACAGCAGGACUACGGCGGUCUAGCCGCCGUCCACACAGCGUCGCCGGCGCGCAUAGCCGACGCCAGCGAGCUACUGGCAAACCCGCUCAAGCUGAGCCCGCGGGUCUCAUUCCCCGGCGCCGGUUUCACCGUCAAUCCCGGACAGACGCGCACGGUGCAGUUCAACUUCUCGCCGCUGACCGAGGGCGCCGCGGCCGCGCCCGAGGCGCUCCCCGUGUACAGCGGCCGGAUCGUCAUCAAAGGCAGCAACGGCGACGAGCUGUGCGUGCCGUACCUCGGCCUCGCAGCGGACCUCAAGCGCGACGUGGGCGUCAUGUUCGAGCGCACGGCCGGCGUGCCGCUCAUCGUUUCGGGCGCCGCCAACGUCAGCAUCGAGACCAAGGCCAACUUUACCUUCAGCCAGGACGCCGCGCGCCCGGAUUUCCCGCGCCUUUCGAUGCGGAGCUUCUUCGGCACGCGCGAGCUGCGCUGGGACGUCUUCGAGGCGUCGUGGCGCGAGCGGCAGUGGGCCUACCCGCCGCGUGAGGGCCAGGCGGGCUUCGUCGGGUCCGUGGCGGCGUGGUCGUUUGUCGGCGAUGAUUUCAUGUUUGAGCCAGAUUUCGACGACGUAUGGGAGAUUUUCAGAUUUCCCCUGGUCAAUGCGCCGCGGACCAUGUCGACCAUACUGCCGUCCGAAUUUUCGUGGUUCGGCGAGCUGGGCAAUGGGACGCAGAUCGCGCCGGGGCGGUAUCGCAUGCGGGUGGCCUCGUUGCGGCCGUUUGGCAACCGCGCGGCGGCGGACAAUUGGGAUGUGUUUGAGACGCCGGAGAUUGAAGUGCUGCCGCUGAGAAAAUGA